AUUUUUUUAUCUCCCCGCUCUUUUUCUUUGUUGCCACGACUGGGCGUCGGCCAGAAAAAUCCAUGGAUUUCUCGAAAUUUGGAGCUGGAAUUCAUCGAUUUGAAUCGAUCUUUGUCGGAUUCGAUCGCUAGUUGAGUUCAAUCCCCAAGUUGAAUCCAGAGAUCAGUUGAGAUUAGAGAAAGACAGAAGAGUUUGGCUCUCUGGGAAGUGUAAUUUCUCUUAAUUUUUUUUAGAAGAAAAUCCUCAUUUGAUUGGGAGGGAUGGAACCCUGAUUUGUUUCUAUUAAUGGGACUGGAGGAGUUGAUUUCUUAGAUAUUGAUUCUGGGAUUGUGACUGGGAGCAUGGGUUCUUUGUUAUGCUGUUUCCGUGUGGCUGACGUGGGAGAAGGGGCUGAGAAUUCUGAUUCUUUGGUCUCUAGACAUUGUAUCUGUCUCAGAUGUUUAACUCAGCAGCUCUCACAUGCACAGUACAUUGCGUUAUUCCAAAGAGGAGAGGUGCAUGCUGCUGCCUCUGCAUCUGUUCGCCAAUUACCUUCUUUGGCUUCUGUUAUGGCAGCUGAAGAUAGUUCUCUACCCAAUACAUACAGAUCUCCUCCAAGGCCAUUACCUUAUGACGAUCCGAGAUGCUCCCGGCCACGUGAUAGACUUGUCUCCAGACGUGAGAAGUGUUCAAGCCAUUCCCAUGAAGAGUCAGAACCACUUAGAAGAGACUUUGAUGAAAAUAAUGCAGAAACAAAAGCUGAGAAGGACAAGCGUAGUGGGUCUAAAAAUGGAGUAAAACUAUGUUGCUCUAACUCAUCCACUGAUGUCACUAGUGGAUCAACAUACUACUUUUCUUCUUCUGAAGAUGAAGAUGUAUGCCCAACAUGCCUUGAAGAGUAUACUUCGGAGAACCCGAAGAUAGUGAUGCAGUGUUCUCACCAUUUCCACCUCAGUUGCAUUUACGAGUGGAUGGAGAGAAGCGAAAUCUGUCCGGUGUGUGGGAAGGUGAUGGUUUUCAAUGAAGCAAGGUGAUCUGCUGUUCAAUUUCCAUUAUUCCAUUCCAUCAAAAGUUAUGGAAAUAGAAUGAUACUCUUGUUGAGUUGUGUAAAUAACACCAGUGAAGGCAGACUAUGCAUGGUCAAGGGUAAUUGUGUAAAUCUCUCUUUUUCUUAAUUUUCAGUCCAGAAGAUUGGCUUCAUUCAUUAAAUGAUAUAUAUAUAUAUAUACAUAUUGAAGGAUGGUUGAUUUACUGAUUAACAUGUUAUCAUAUUUGGUUACAUCAUGAUGGUGUCUGAAAAUAGCAGGUGGUCCAGUAUUUGCUUAAAUGCUCUAUUUCUUGGAAA